CUAGCUCAUGAAAGCACUCGCCGGAGCUCUUACAGCCCCGAGUUCGCCCCUCUCCAUUGCGUCCAUUGAGCCUGUGUACCACGCUGGGGCUCUAUGCGUGGAGCUUGCGGACCGGGACGGCCACAGCGAGAACCCCUUCCCGGUGCGCAGUUUCGAAAAAAGCCCCUUCAACCUCCGCCAGGUGACGGAGCGCGUAACCCGGCUGGAAAUGCAGCAAAAAAUCCAGGAUGCUUUGAAACCUUUGGUGGACGAAUGGCGAAAAAGCCAGCUGCAGGGGCAGCCGCCGCAAGAUGCCAACGGCCCGGCACCGAUGGAGGUGGACCAGGAGGUACAGCUGAUUCGGUAGUGGCACGCGGUGUGCUGCGUUUUCCAAGAAGAAAACGCGCUUGAGGUUGAGGAA